CGAGAUACAGAGGGAGGGGAAGGGAGAGACAGGCAGCAGGCAGGAAGGAAGGUAGUGAAUAGUAGGGGAUGCUUUAAAAUAGUUAUGGGUGUGUGUAGACAUGAGGAAGCCCCUCUGGUACUUUUGUACUAGUCUAUAACUCUGGAGGGAAGCCAGAGGUUUUAAGUUUUAAAUUUUAUUACUCUGUUAAUUUAGUCAGCGAUUCAGAUCUGUGAAAUGUGGGACGUAUUUUCCCUGUCGAUGUUCAUGACAUCAACAAAUAAGUUGUGAUGCGUGGACUGGUGUACGGGAUAUUGUACUGUGCCCUUUGGUAUGGCAGCAUAGCAGCGGGUUUCCUGUUCAUCGCGUGUCCUCUUCUGCCCAUACUGAUACUCAGUCCUCCGACCUUCAGAAAAUGCGGGGACUUAUUAUUUUCCUGCUGGGAACUGUAUCCUACAGCACUGCUGGAGAUGAUCGGAGUGAAAGUUGUAAUAUCUGGAGAUCACAUCCUACCGAAUGAGUCGGCAAUAAUGGUGAUGAAUCAUCGGACGAGAGUCGACUGGAACUUCUUGUGGGCAGCGAUGUAUCAAGCCUGCAUGCCAAAUAUCGCUGCCCAUAAAUUGAAAUUUAUUUUGAAGGAUCCAAUACGUCAUAUACCUGGUCCGGGUUGGAUUAUGCAGAUGAAUGGGUUCCUUUAUAUAACACGUAGGUGGGAAGAAGAUAAAGGUCGUUUGUCACGGACACUAGACUACUUGAUAGCAUUAAAAAGACGUACGCAGCUAUUGAUAUUCCCAGAAGGAACGGAUUUAACAGCGAGUAGUAAAGAAAGAUCUGAUAGAUUUGCUAAAAAAAAUGGGCUGCCGUUGUACGAGUACACUUUGCAUCCAAAGACAACCGGUUUCAGUUAUCUGGCGAGACAUCUACAGCGUGCUGGAUAUCUUGAUGCCGUCUACGAUCUCACAAUCGGUUAUCCGGACUACGUGCCGCAGUCGGAAAUAGAUUUAGUCAGUGGUAAAAUGCCAAAAGAAGUUCAUUUUUACGUGACUAGAAUUCCUUCUGCUCAAGUUCCGGAUGAUGAAGAAGGUCUCAGACACUGGCUGGAAGAACGCUGGCGGCAGAAAGAAGCGAUGCUCAAGAAGUUUAACAAAAACAAGAGCUUCUGCGAAGACAACGAGGUCUGGCCGAUGCCCCAGGGUAUAGUUUUGAGCGCCGCUUUUGGGUUCUGGACACUUUUGACCGGAGUGUCCAUUGUAAUGAUCAUCACCUCGACUUUCUUUCAACUCUGGACUCUGGCGCACACUCUCUUGUUCAUCGGGCUCUCGCUAUUCAGCUCGGGGUUUAAUCAGAUGGAGAUGGGGUGGUACUGGAGAUGGAAAAAUAUUUACUUACUGUCCAGAUGAAAAUUAUAAAUAUUGAGUAAUUUUGGUAGAUGAAAUUUUAUUUUUGAAAUAAAUGCACGUGGUUUUUAGUACUGUGAUAUUGAUGUAAAUAAAAUAUUAAAUUUUUUUCUUUUGAAUUUUAAAUUAAAAUUAAAAUUUAAUAUUUAAAGGAAAAAGGUUCAUAUUUAGGUCAAUGUAAUUUAUUUAGAUAAUUGAAACCAAAAGUCUGUUACAAUCAACUGACAACUCAAUUUUUUUAAAAUCCAAUCUAAAGUUUUUAUAAAUUAUUUUAAAUCAUGAAAAAAAAUAAAUUUUAAAGUUUUUUAAAAAUCCCUGGAAUUAAUGACUGUACUUUUUUUUUUUUUUUAAAUUUUACAACUUAAUUUUGAAUUUAAAAUUUGAAAUUGAAAUUAUCAUAUUAUAGUGCAAUUAUCUUGGUGAUUCAAAGUAUUAAAUAAUGAAUUGUAGUUAAUCAUUACUAUAAUAAAAUACAAAAUAAAUUUAAAUAUAAAUAUAUAUAUAAAUAUAUCGCGUCAGAAGAAUAUAUUUUUCUCAAUUUCUAAAGUAUAUUACGAACUACGUAAUAAAUGAAGUGAAUUCAUGUGCCAAAGUAUUAAGAUUAAAAAAUCUCAAUGGAAAAAUAUCUUCUCUGGAAGAUUUCAAUUAGAGAUUUAAUUUUAAUUAUUACUAUUACUAUAUUUACUGUAAAUAAUAUAUAUUUCAUCAAUACCAAAAACACAACUUAAUUAAACUAAAUCAAUUAACUUAUUAAUUAAACAAUUAAAUAAUCAAUUACAAAAAAAACUAUAUCUUUGAACAGUUUACAAAUCACUAGUAAAUUUUGUCUGUAAAUUUUUUGUGUACCUUCUCUAUAAAUUAUAAGAAAAAAAAGUAAUAAUAGAUGUGUGUAAAUCCUUGUAAAUUAAAAAAAAAU